GGGGUGUCCUAGGCCCCACCCCAGAGCUGGGCACUUCGCUCCCUGACACAGGGACCCGGACCCGCUCUGCCCUGCCAGAGGCAGACAUGGUGCCCCUGCUGCUGCUGCCCCUGCUGUGGGGGGGGUCCCUGCAGCAGCUGCCAGGCUAUGAGCUCCGAGUGCAGGAAUCGGUGACAGUGUUUGAGGGUCUGUGUGUCCACGUGCCCUGCUCCUUCUCCUACCCGUGGAGUCUGUGGAAUUCCUCUAGUGAACUCUACACCUACUGGUACCGGGACUGGGACAACACAGACUAUGCUGCUCCUGUGGCCUCGAGCAACCGGAAUAAAACAGUGAAGAGAGAGACCCGAGGCCGCUUCCUCCUCGCGGACCCCAAGACCAACAACUGUUCCCUGCAAAUCAGAGACGCCAGGAGGAGCGACUCAGGACGCUAUGUCUUCCGAGUGGAGAGAGGAGAUUCUGUGAAAUAUAAUUACAAAGAGAAGAUGCUGGAUUUGCAGGUGGCAGCCCUGACAGAGAAACCCCACAUCCGGAUACGGGAGCCUCUGGAGUCCGGCCGCCCCACACAGCUGGCCUGCAGCCUGCCAGGGGCCUGCGAAGGGGGACGACCUCUCACCUUCUCCUGGGCGGGAGCUGCUGUGGACUCGCUGGACCCCCAGACCCUCCGCUCCUCGGUGCUCACCUUCACCCCGAGGCCCCAGGACCAUGGCACCAACCUCACCUGUCAGGUGAAACGGGAAGGGUCCAUCCGGCUCAAUGUCUCUUACGCUCCUCUGCUGACCGUCAGGCUUUCCCAGGGAAACUGCACAGCCCUGAUGACCCUGAGCAACCACACAUCCCUGCCUGUCCUGGAGGGCCAGUCCCUGCUCCUGGUCUGUGAGGCUGACAGCAACCCCCCUGCCACACUGAGCUGGUCCCAGGAGGGGAGACCCCUGAGCCCGCCCCAGCCCUCAGCACCCGGAGUCCUGGAGCUGCCCCAUGUGGGGGCGGGAGACAGAGGGGAGUUCACCUGCCGGGCUCAGCACCCGCUGGGCUCCCAGCGCGUCUCCUUCAGCCUCUCUGUGCAGAGCAGCCCUCCCUGCAGAUGUGUGACCGAGGAGCAGCAGGGCUCCUGGCCCCUGGUCUUCACCCUGAUCAGAGGGGCCCUCAUGGGGGCUGGCUUCCUCCUCACCUACGUCCUCACCUGGCUCUACUACACCAGGUGUGGAGGCCCCCGGAACAGGAGGCAGAGCUCCUGAUGGAUCCUCCCUUCCUCUCAAGAUGGGACUGAGGUGCGGACACCAGGCUAGAGGGACCGUCCUGGGACAUCAACGUUACCUUCUCCCUGGAAGCUCUUGACUCACCUGCCUCCAAUGUGCCCCUGGGGUUUCAGUGUGUGGAAGUGACUGAGUGACGCCAAGGGGAGUCAAUGCCAUGGAGAGAAGACAUUUACUCCUUUCACCUCCUGAGAGGAGGGGCCGCUGUGCCCAGGAAGCCCCGGAUUUCCUCAGGAAGCAGAUGCAGGUGCAGGGCAGCCUAGCGAAGGCCUUGAUUGGGUUCCCAUGGGAAACGCAGGGCAGGGCAGGGUGAGCCCUUCAGGACCAGCUGGUGUGUGUCAGUCUGGGGGAUGGGCCUGUGGGCGUGGUCUCUCUUUGUCUGGUCCCAGGUCCUGGGUGAUUUGGGGCAGGUGGGGAGGCUGGCAAUAUGGGCUCAGGUUGGGUUGGUUUGCAUCUGAAAUUCUUUGCUGUCUCUGAGAAUGGGCCGCCCUGGGAGGCCCUGUGUCUCCUUGGCUUCCAAUCUGUUUAAUGGCUCAAAACAUCCUAAGAUACAGAAAUAAACAGUAAUACACACCCAC